AGAGUGAGAGGGGGGACGAGCGUAUAUCAGGCCAGUCCAUCGCUACUUAGGCGCGGUAUAAGUGUCAACUGGUCCGGAUCACUCUGCAUCUCAUCCGUAAGCCCUGCCUAGUCACUGAAGAGAGACGCGAUCCACCCUGCAAAGAGACGCAGCGAGACAAAGAGACCAGCAGGCCUACAACCACAAGCGCACCAACAAAGAAGACACAAGCAGAGUCCAUCACAUACAAAUACCCAGAGGCCUUCUCCCUCUCUCUUGACCCUCAACAACAACCACAUACAGCCCACAACGACAUCAUGAGCGUCUCAACACUCCAGCAAACACCCGUUCACUCCGAGAAGGACGUGAGUUAUUUCCAGCAACUUUACAUCACAACCAACAACGCUAACAUGCCACAGCACGCAUCCAUCGCCAGCAUCACCUCACUCGAGCGCAACGCAAUCCAAUAUGCAAACGACUAUGACCGUUUCCAAUCCCCGAAACUCAACCAACAACGCGCUCUGGUGACAGACUCAAAACAACAAGAAUUCGCAACCCUCAGCGUUGUUGCAAAACUCGAACGCGCUAUUGGACGGCGCUAUAGUAUGCAAGAUGCGGAAUUCACAAAGAAAGUGAGAGCGCCUGUUAUUGCGCAAAAGCCAGUCACAGCCGCCGCAAAGGCUUGACCCACUUAAUGAUAAUCUCUUCAUGGUUUUUCGUUUCUUUUUUUUCCUAUACUUUUUGAUGCUGCUUGGCGGUGAUGUGCUCGCCUUAC